AUUUUAAUAAUUAAUAAUCUUUAUUUUUGGUUUUUAUCUUUUUGUUUAAUUUUCUUGGGUUGUUGUCUUUGUAGACUUGUGUUCUGAAAGUGAAUUCACAGUGUGAGACUUGCAAGAGAAAAGUGAUGGAAGUCUUGCAGAAUGUCGGUGGAGUGUAUAAUAUUUCUAUAGAUGCUGAGGAAGGGACAGUGAAAGUUACUGGGAGAGUAAAUCCGAAUACACUAUUGAGGGUGCUAGAAAGGUAUGGGAGACAUGCAGAGGUCAAAUGGAUUCGGUUUGAUGGUGAGGUUAGGGAAAGAGGUUACUAUUAUUAUGGUGAAAAUGGAUAUGUUCCAUCUCCAUAUGCUCCUGCUCCCUAUGGGGUGUCAUACCAUUAUCCAGUAUCAGGAGGGUAUGAAUACCCACUAAUACCAUAUGGAGGCCUUGAUUACCCAUGGUAUGACAGCUGCCGCCACAUUCCGCCAUUACCACCACCUAUGUAUCCACCAGGGCCUCCACCUAUGUUUCGGCCACCAGGGCCACCGCCUUUGUUUCCACCACCUAUGUAUCCACAAGGGCCACCGGCACUACGGCCAAUGGCCCCCCAACCAAUGCCCAGAAAUGGUGGUAAUUAUGAAUCUUGUAGGAUGAUGUGAGUUACUGGACUAUACGGUAUAUGUACAUCAUGUAUGAAUUUCAUUGCACAAAAAGUUUACUUGCAAACCGAUGUAAAGGAAAAUUUCUCCAAAUCA